UGAGAGAGAGGGCGGGCAGUGCGGUCCAGCCAAAGCCGCUGACGCCACUCGAACAACGGGACCGAAGGAGCUGUCUGUUUUUUCUCCGGUCCGGCGGUGGCAGCGGCGCACUUUGACGCCUAAACAGCCUUGAGGGUUUAUUUAAAAAAAGACAAGCUGUUGGGAGUGCCAUGAAAACAGAAGAUUAAAGACGAAUACAACUGGCGGCUAACAAUAACAACAAAGGGAGUAAAAGAGAGGGGAAAGUAGAGCAAGAGAGGGUAUUUAUAUUCUUUAAAAGCAGACAUGGCAGAUGCAGAGCUAGAUUUCCAGACAGGCGAUGCCGGGGCAUCCGCCACCUACCCCAUGCAGUGCUCCGCCCUGCGCAAAAAUGGCCAUGUCGUGCUUAAAGGACGACCCUGCAAGAUCGUUGAGAUGUCCACCUCUAAGACAGGCAAGCACGGCCACGCCAAGGUCCACCUGGUCGGCAUCGACAUCUUCUCCGGGAAAAAGUAUGAAGACAUCUGUCCUUCUACCCACAACAUGGACGUGCCCAACAUCAAAAGAAUGGACUACCAACUGAUUGGUAUCCAAGAUGGCUAUCUGUCCCUGCUCCAGGACAGUGGGGAGGUUCGAGAGGACCUAAAAAUCCCCGAGGGCGACCUGGGCAGAGAGAUCGAGAACAAACACGACAACGGCGAGGAGAUCCAGGUGACUGUUCUCAAUGCGAUGGACGAGGAAGCCGCCAUCGGCAUCAAAGCCUUGGGUAAAUAGGGACUUGCACUGGACACCUGUGGGGAGUGGGGAGAAAAGGGAGGGACGCAAUUCUCUGUCUUUUUCCUCUUUCUUUUCCCCCCACACUUUCUCAUGGGUCAUUUUUACAGAUGUAUUAAUUAUGACAAAUGAUUUGAAGGUGGAUUAUGAGGUAGAGCUAACCCUUUGUGGCACUAAUGUUUUUUUAAUAUCAUAAGGGCUUUAUCCGAAGAUUUGCUCAUUUUAUGUUUAGCACUUAUUUUAUUGCAAUUUAUUUGAAGUUGGCCCUUAUAUCCUCCUCCUCUUUUUUUACUUUCUGCAACAUCAAUGUUCACAACAAUGCCAACACAGUAAAAUCAAAGUAUCAGGUUAAUCCUCCUUAGAAAUAAAGCAUUACAUUUUAAAAUAAACAAUUACUGGUCAUUUAUGACAACUAAUAUCAUUUUGGGAAAACACUACUCAUUAAUAUAAAUAUAUUUAAUAUUUGUUCAUAUAUUAUUUUUUAUUUUAACUUUUUUUUUAAAGGCAUUUUAAACUUUAUAAUUAAGAAAUAAUAGAUAAUUUAACAAAAUUAAUAUAUAAACCAAUAUUUUGAGAAAAAUAUUUCAGCUUAGCUUUCAAAAUUCCAUAUUUUGCCGUGGAAUCCAAUUUUUUUUUUCUUUCCCGUUUUGUUUGUUUCGCCACUGCAAUGAUCAAGUGUCUGUCGGCAGCACUCGGGAGUGUGGGCUCAUCAAAGAAGUGUAGCAGUGUCAUGUUACGUCAUUACGUUGACUAAAAAUAUCUCACUAAUUUUGUGUAAACAUAUUGACAAAUAAGAGACUUAUUAUAAAAGUGAAGAAGAAGAAUACUGUCUGGAACAUCAAAGAAAAAAUUCUUCAAAAAUGUUUCACAUGACAGCGCCCAGAAUUUAUUUUAUUCAAAUGUUGGAAAUUAUUCAAGGUUCCUCAGGAGGAAAGCUUACAAUGUAUUAAAUCUAUAAACCGCUAUAAAAUGGUACAAAAGUGAGUCGAUUGCAAGUUAUUGUGAUGUAGACAAAUCCCAUAUUUCUACCAAUUUUCCCAGGAGAUUUGCCAUUUUAUUUUGAAGUGCUAAUGUUGUCAGACCUGCAGAAUUAGACCCACCUUGUAAAGGUGUUUGAUUUUUGGAGCUAAAUUAACAACACUAGUGUCGCAUAAAACAAGUCGUGAAUAUAAUGUUGAAAAAAAACGACCCAAAGCCUUGUCCAGCUGUUUAUUGACGCUCAUGUUUGAAUAACUUUUACUGCAAAUGAGUAUUUGCCUCCUGGUCUACUAAUAAUCGGCCGAUCUCUGCUUUUGAUGUGUGUGAGGGCUAGGAAAAAACUCUAGUUUACCAUGUCUGGGUAGCUCAACUAAAAGGAUUAGAAUAAAUAGGUAAAAACUACUAAGUAUACCGUAUUUUUCGGACUAUAAGGCGCACUUAAAAUCCUUUCAUUUUCUCAAAACUCGACAGUGCGACGGUGCGCCUAAUAAACAGAAUAAUUUUGGUUGUGCUUACCAACCUCGGAGCUAUUUUAUUUGGUAUAUGGUAAAAUGAUAAGUGUGACCAGUCACACAUAGGAGAUAUGUGUAGACUGCAAUAUGACUCAAGUAAACACCAACAUGUUAUAUGUUCCAUUGAAAAUAUAGAACAUACACACAGCGCUCAAGAAUCCAUCAAAAUGUUUUAGUAUGACUUUGGUAAGCUACGAAGCCGCACCGCUUGAUGGAUUGUACUGUGCUUCAACAUAGGAGUAUUAUUAUGGUGUGUGUAUAAGGUGAAACAUAUUAUCUGCCGUUUUGUUUGGCAAUAUUAUGCAAAAGCAACUUUUCUUACCUUCUGGUACCUGCUGAUCUGUAUUUGGGAUCUGCAUAAGUCCUGAAAAUUUGCGCGAGUCCACCUUUGUAGUUCGUGCCGACACCGAUAAGCUUCUUCUUUUUCUCUAUCUUCAUGUUAUGGGACAUUCAUCCUCCGCUGUUGCCAUUUGUAAUAUAAAGUAGUGUAAAGUUCUUACUAGUGAUGGGUCCAGCAACACAGAUGCAUCUGCGCAUGUGUCGAGCUCAUAGAGCGAUACCCUGUGUCCGUGCGCGUACCGCUUUUAGAAAGUCACGUGACCAAUACGCGAACUGUAUCGCACUGACGCCUCCUCUGUGCCCUGUGAGCAACGUUCCCUCUAAGGUGCGCGCCUGCGCAAUUGCGCACUGCUCAAGCGUCCUGCGCACAGCAAAUAUAUGCCGCGCACCAAAUCAAAUCCAUCUGAAUUGUAAACAAAAUAAACACAUUUAUUCUGUGUAAUUUUGCAAUGCAACUUUGAGUGACAGUGACAACAAGCGGCCCUAACGGUGUUCGUCAACACCGUUCAAUUGAACACCGUUCAAUUAUUGUAACGUCUAUCGAGAUGCUUCGAGGACAGGAAUUAUAUCGAUCAUUUUAUUGAGCAAAACUGUUUAUAUUCGGCCAUAACCACACCAAAAAUAUGAGUAAAAAACUUCUAUCUCGAAAAACUAGUCAUUUUCUGCCGUACAAACCAGGCCAAAACCAACUUGUCAUCUGUCACCAACACGCAUACCACUAAGCCACUGGUGCAUUUAUGGCCACACAAAAAGUCGGACAACUCAAACACCACACAAAGUUACACUAUGACUCCUCAGUCAUAUGUGUGCUUAUUUUUCUGUCAUUUAUUAUUAAUGUUAAUUUAUUGAUAUUCAUCAUGGAAUGCUGUUACUAGAGAAAGUUACAGGAAUGACGGCGUGGCGAAGUUGGUAGAGUGGCUGUGCCAGCAAUCGGAGGGUUGCUGGUUACUUGGGUUUAAUCCCCACCUUCUACCAUCCUAGUCACGAUACAUGUUCAUAUUAUUUAUUGACUGUAUCUAAAAAAGAUAAAAAUAUAUUUUUAUUUAAAUUAAGAUAUGAAAUAAUCCUAAAUGAAAUACAAUGACUUGGUUUAUAUUAUUGUAUAUACUAGGUCAUAAAAUCAGUGUCAGUUGAGUCAGUCCAUAGGUUGCCUGUAGGGAUUUUUAAUGUCCAGCAGAUGUCAGUAUUUAGUGACACAGUAUCAAUACAGUUUUGCAAUGUGUCGAAACGCUUCAUGACGCCUCAUCAACCCAUCACUAGUUCUUAUAUCUGUCAGUAAACUCGCCAUGAAAGCGCUAAAACAUACCGGUAUAGUGAGUGUCAUUAUUCACCCAAGAAACUUUAGUUAUUAUAGACUUCCGGUCGGACGCUUUUUCACGGUAUACGUUGUUGUUGCACUAGUGUGCCACGGAUGAGAAGAUGCUGCUCCGUUGUUGAUUUAAGUAACGUCUGAAUGUCAUUAAAACAGUUAGCUCCAUCUUUUGACACUUCUUCCACAUCCGUCCUUGCACGCUACACCGCUACAAUAAAGAUAACGGAGAAAAGAUGCUGUCGAAGGUGAGCCACAUAAAUAAGACCGCCCACAAAAUGGCGCAUCCGGAAGCGACUGUCAGAAAGCAACUUGAAGAUGAUCUGUAAAACAUCAUCUACGCUGCUGCUCACUGCUCCCUCACCUCCCAGGGGGUGAUCAAGGGUGAUGGGUCAAAUGCAGAGAAUAAUUUUGCCACACCUAGUGUGUGAUGAUCUGUAAAACAUCAUCUACGCUGCUGCUCACUGCUCCCUCACCUCCCAGAGGGUGAUCAAGGGUGAUGGGUCAAAUGCAGAGAAUAAUUUUGCCACACCUAGUGUGUGUGUGUGACAAUCAUUGGUACUUUAACUUUAACUAUGCAACAUUUUGAACAAAGAAUCACCAUUACAUGUUAUGUAGACCACAAGGAAGUGUUUUACAUUUAGAAAAAAAAUUAUAAUAUGUAAAUUAUAAUAUGCACCCUCAUCGGCAGUGCGCCUUAUAUUCCGGUGCGCCCUAUGGUCCGGAAAAUACGGUAAUGGUAAUAUAAGAGAUUAUAUUGGUGUGCAUUGAAGGAUUUCACAUCCAGCGAGGCUCUUCAUGCACAACGAGCACCAUGUUACCCACAUAAUGCUGCUUGGGUGGGUCAAGUUGACCCUUGUACAGUUGAGCAGGUGUUUGUGGCCUUUUGGCAUCAGGAUUUUGUUUUUUUUUCAUCAUGGUUCCAUUCACUUCUUACUGCAAUAACUUUGUAAAAUCCACUGCUAAACUAAGCUGGAACAUAUUAUGGUGUGGAUAUAAGGUCCUAAAAAGUCUAAAAUGCAAUCAUUUGAAGUUAUGACCUUAAAACCUCUAAAUUAUUUCAAAAGCUUAUAAAAUACGACUACAAAAUGCCUCGGAAAUAAAUUUGUCAUAUUCAUUUUCUUUGACUUUUAGGGGCCUGAGUAUAUAUGACUAAAGUCUCGGAUAAAAGUGACUACUACUCUACUGUCUUUUGGAGUAACAAUCUAAAUGUUAUGUUAUCAAUGUCAUGUAAACAAGGCUGUGAAGCUCCUUGGCGUUCGCUCCAGUGAUGUCUCAUCGCAAUCAAAGAUAAAAUAGUCCCAUCUUGUCGGGUGAACGACUUGCCAUGGCUUUGGAUCUGAGAAUUCCAUAAUUUCACCCGUUCAUUGGGCAUUUUUCUACUUGCUAUUAUCAAGCGGUCCGUCGUGGUGAAGAAGGCAAAGUUCUCAAUUUACCUGUCGAUCUACGUUCCUAUCCUCACCUAUAGUCAUGAGCUUUGGGUUGUGACCAAAAGUACAAGAUCACUGGUACAAACGGCCAAAGUGAAUUUCCUCUGUCGGGUGGCGGCCUUACAGAUAGGUUGAGAAGCUGCUCCUCCACAUAGAGAGGAGCCAGGUGAGGUGGUUUGAGCAUCUGGUCAGAAUGCCCCUCGAACGCCUCCCUGGGGAGGUGUUAAGGGCCCGUCCAGACUGUUAGGAGACCACGGGAAAACCCAGGACACAAUGAAGAGACCAUAUCCCCCAACAGGCCUGCGAAGGCCUCGGGAUCCCCCGGGAGGAGCUGGACAAAGUAGCUGGGGAGAGGGAAGUUUGGACUUCUCUGCUUAGGCUGCUGCCCCUGCGACACUACUUUGGAUAAGCGGAAGAAGAUGGAUGGAUGAUCAAGCUUGUAGCUCAACAGGAACUGAACGUGUCAAAAAGGAGUCAGAACUUAGAGUUAACGCAUUAUUAUGGUUGACAUUGACAUCCCUAAUUCAAAGAUUAAAAAAACAAUUGACAGUUUAUUUUUUUCUUUGCCAAUUAAAAAUAAAUAUAUAACGGACUACAGAUAUCUUAAUAGCAAUCACAAAUCCAACUUUAAUUUUUAAAACACAAAUUUCAUCAUUUAACCAUUGAUUUUCCCCGUACACAUUUCAAAUGAACCCAUGGAAUUUACUCCAUCCUAAAUAAAAAAGAAGCUCAUGGUGGACUUGUUCAGCAAUUUAAUGAGCAAGGUUCAAUAAUGCAACAAAAAGCAAUUCCUAUCACUUCUAUAAAAGCAGAUAAUAUAAUCCCAAAUACUUUUUUCUUAGGCUGUGUUUAAAAUGGUGGACUUUCAUGAAAUGAAAUACAAGAUUAUGGCAGAAUCCAGGGGUUCAUUUGGUGUGGUGGUAAAACCUCUGACCGCUCUGGGCGUGAGGGAGGAAGCCGUGGCGAGGUGCGGUCUGGGGUGAGCUCUGGAAUGGAGCCUUGGUGACACAAAGGAGUCCUCCUUCAAAUCCAUCAUUUGUUAUAUGAAUGAGAGAGUAAGUACCUUGGCAGUGGAAAUCUGAACAGCCAUGGAUGGCGUAGGGAGCAGGCCUUGAGCUGACGGAUGCAUGGUCGGGGGGUGCAUGGGCCUCAGAGCUCCCUAUGAGGACAGCAAACAUGACAAGUUGCUACGGGAGUUUUCACCACGUGAAGAAAAACUAAAUGCUUACUGCGUCGGUAAAGCCUGACUGCUGGUUGGCGUGUUCCAACUGCUUCUGGAGGGGGAUUCCUGCUCCUGGGAUGUAGCCUGACCCCAACAGCAAGUCACAAUGUUUAGCAUUCAUAAACACAAAAAUGACAGUUCUACUAAUCUGUUAACAUUUACAAAAAGGCUCUCUGUGUAAUGCUCCAACUAACUUAUGACUUAGGACUUAUUACUCAUCCCUAUUUGGAAAAAUCAUAUCACAGCUUCCAUUCACUCCUCCGCCGCCACCACCAAACCCCGCCCCCCCCUACACUGCGCCCCCACACAUCAACCCCCCACCCCCACCCCCUCCGUGCGUCGGUUGAGGUGGGCAGGGUUUGGUGGUAGCGGGGGUGUAUAUUUCAGCCAGAAAGAGUUAGGACUGCAAGGUGUUCUGGGUAUUUGUUCUGUUGUGUUUAUGUUGUGUUACAGUGCGGAUGUUCUCCCGAAAUGUGUUUGUCAUUCUUGUUUGGUGUGGGUUCACAGUGUGGCACGUAUUAAGAGUGUUAAAGUUGUUUUAUACGCCCACCGUCAGUGUAACCUGUAUGGCUGUGGACCAAGUAUGCCUUGCUGUCACUUACGUGUGCAAGCAGAUGCCGCCUACAACAUGUGGCCGUGAUAGCACGCUGGCUGUACAUGUUGUGGAGGGUGAUAAAGGCAGUAUCAACACGGCACGCCCUUAUUAUUGUUGAUUGGGUGAAAAUCAGCAGACAUUCGAGAGAAUUGGUUCAACCGCCACCCGCCCGAAUCCAAUUAAAAUAGAUUUUUUUCGUCGUGCAUCCGCCCGACCCGCGGAUUAUCCGCGGUUGUGUCCGCAAACCGCGCAUCUCUAAUACAUAUAUAUAUAUACACAUAUUCAUACAUAUAUAUAUAUAUAUACAUACAUACAUAUAUAUAUAAACAUAUACAUAUAUAUAUAAACAUAUACAUAUAUAUAUAAACAUAUACAUAUAUAAACAUAUACAUAUAUAAACAUAUACAUAUAUAAACAUAUACAUAUAUAUAUAUAUAUACAUAUAUAUAUAAACAUAUACAUAUAUAUAUACAUACAUAUAUAUUAGGGCUGAAUCUUUGGGUGUCCCACAAUUCGAUUCAAAAUCGAUUCUAGGGGUCACGAUUCGAUUCAAAAUCGAUUUUUUUUUUCAAUUCAACACGAUUCUCGAUUCAAAAACGAUUUUUUUUUUUUUUUUUUAAAUGAAAAUACACAAUACCAUAAUAAUGCAAUACAAUUUCAAAACCAAACCCGACCCAGCAACAUUCAGAAUAGCAAUAAACAGAGCAAUUGAGGAGACACAACCAUGAAAUGGAACAAUCUAAAAGUAGUGAGACAAAAAUGAAUAUUAUCAACAGUAUCAAUAUUAGUAACAAUUUCAACAUAUGAGUGAUUAAAAAUCCCUCAUUGAUAUUAUCAUUACAAACAUUAAUAAAUAAAAAAAUGAAAAAAUAUGAACAAGAGUGUCAGAGUGGCUUACACUUGCAUCACAUCUCAUAAGCUUGACAACACACUGUGUCCAAUAUUUUCCACAAUUAUAUAAUAAGUCAUAUUUUGGUUCAUUUUAUAGUUAAAACAAAUUUAAAUAAUGGAUCCCAUAUUCCAAUAUAUGACUUAUUAUUAUCUAAACUAAAUGCAGUUUUUUCUACUGAUAUCAUCUCCAUAGCUUUUGUGUACCAGUCAGUAUGUAUUAUGUGUGUAUACCAGUCAGUAUGAGUUGGACUAUCAACAUCUAUCCAUUUUUUUUAAUAUUACCCUUUUUGUUAUUAUGCAUAUUGAAAGAAAUGCAUUUUUAAUCUUUGAUGACACGUUACUAAAUUGAUGGAGAUCCCUAAGAAUACAAGUUUGCAGUGUCAUUGGGAUAUUUAUAUUAAGGACUGUGAUUGCUUCUUUUGUUGUUUUCAACCAUAACUCUUUUAUUCUCUGACAUUCCCACAAUAAAUGAACAAUCAAAAAUGUUUAUUUAUAUAGCCCUAAAUCACAAGUGUCUCAAAGGGCUGCACAAGCCACAACGACAUCCUCGGUACAGAGCCCACAUACGGGCAAAGAAAAACUCACCCCAGUGGGACGUCGAUGUGAAUGACUAUGAGAAACCUUGGAGAGGACCGCAUAUGUGUAUAAAAAAUUAAAAAUAAAAAUCGAUUUUUUAAAAAAUGAGAAUCGAUUCUGAAUCGCACAACGUGAGAAUCGCGAUUCGA